AUGAGCAACACAGAGAAGGCGUCACCGCCGUCAUCGGCGAAGUUGGAAGAGGCUCAGGGGCCUCGAGACAUUCAGACAGAGUAUAGUGAGGGAAUCAACGACCUCUCCGAUGAGCACCGCGAAUACCUCCUCCAGAGGCAUGGCACUCUGGACCUGGACCCUAUUCCAGACAUGAGCGAUGCAGAUCCCUACAACUGGUCACAGGAGAAGAAGGUCACGAAUUUGUUCUUGGUCGCGUUUCACGCCAUGAUGGCGACGUUCACGGCGGCGGCCAUCAUGGCCGCCUUUGUGAAUAUCGCCGAAGACCUUGCAAUCGAGGUCCAGUCCGCCAGCUAUCUCACAUCUUUGGUCAUUGCGAUCCUUGGUGGUGCUCCUCUCUUCUGGAGGCCCUUGUCUCAGCGCUACGGCCGGCGACCCAUUUUCAUGAUCUCGCUCAUCUGCAGUCUAGUCGGGAACAUUGGCUGCGCCAAUGCGCACUCAUACGCAACCAUGUGUCUGUGCCGUGCCAUCGUGGGCUUCUUUAUUUGCCCUGCUGCUGCCAUCGGGUCUGGCGUUGUGGUUGAGACAUUCUUCAAGGAUGAGAGAGCUCGUUAUAUGGGCAUAUGGACCAUCUUUGUGACGCUGGGUGUCCCGGUCGCUCCCUUCAUCUUUGGCUUUGUUGCACUGAGGGUUGGCUACCGGUGGAUUUACUACAUCCUCGCUAUUACUAACGCCGUCCAACUCAUCCUCUACUUCUUCUUCGGCCCAGAGUCUCGUUAUAUCCGCGGUAGUCAGGCACCCGAAGACGAAAGAAACAAGGCUGACUUCAAGAAGCAAUACAUGAGCUUCCGCCGAAUCGACAAGACCGCGAUGACCUGGUACGACUUCGUCGAGCCCCUGGCAUACGCUGCCCGGCCCUGCGUCUUGCUGCCCGCCGUCGCUUACGCCAUGGAGUUCCUGUGGACAAGCAUCAUGACCACCAUCGAGAUCCCGCAGCUGUUCCCCGAGCUCUUCGGCUUCAACACCCAGCAAAACGGCCUGCAGAUGAUAUCCGUCAUCGUCGGCACUAUCGUCGGCGAGCAGAUCGGUGGCCGUAUGUCUGACCUCUGGAUGUCCAUGCGGCGGCGGAAGUUGAACGGUAGAAGCCCCGAGCCUGAGUACCGGCUGUGGCUGAGUUACUUUGGCUUCGUGCUUUGCGUCAUCGGUGUUGUUGUCUUCUUGGUGCAGCUUUACAACGCUGGCCACACGUGGAACGUCACGCCGCUGAUCGGAGUGGGCAUUGCGGCAGCGGGUAACCAAGUCGUUACUACCGUGCUCGUGACCUACUCUGUGGAUUGUUAUCGACAGGACGCCGCGAGUGUCGGCGUUUUUAUAACGUUUGUACGUCAGAUAUGGGGCUUCAUCGGACCCUUCUGGUUCCCACAGAGUAUCGAGGAGGUUGGAUACAGAGAAACGGCAGGCAUUGCAGUUGCCACAUAUGAAUUAGCCACGCUUCUGGUCUUUGUGGUAUUUCUGGCAAACAUGACACCGAGAGUUUCCGCAUCACCAACGGCCAUCUAUGGCGACCUAAAGCAGAUGUUGUCGCCUGCUUCUGAGGUUGUACUCGCCAACGAUACGGACCGCACCAGCGCUCUCAAUAUCACACAGCGUUGGAAUGCCUUCGAGGCGCCUAAUUAUGUGGUAUACGCAAAGCCGGCGAGCAACCAAGACAUCGAGUACGCUGGUGAGCAAGGCGUUCCCUUCCUAGCGACAGGAGGCGGGAACGGAUACACCAACACGACAGGCGCCAUAAGAGGAGGCAUUGGAAUCGAUCUUGGUUUCUUCCGAGACAUUCACGUCAACGCGAUAGACAAUCGACUCACAGUUGGCGGAGGGGUCAUGUUUAAUGACAUCUUCGAACCGCUGCAUGCUGCGGGGAAGGAGAUUCAGACCGGCUCCUGCUCCUGCGUUGGGGUGCUUGGGGCCGCCCUUGGCGGUGGGAUCGGGCCGUACCAAGGAGUUCAUGGCCUGCUGCUCGACGAUUUGGAAUCGGCCACCAUCGUGACAGGCUCUGGAGAGAUCGUGAGUGCCUCUGAGGAUGAAAACUGCGAGUUGUUCUGGGGUUUCCGCGGGGCCGGCCAGAGUUUCGGCAUUGUGACAUCGGCGACAUUUCGGAUCCACGACCAAACCAACGGCGGCAUGGCACUGAACGGCGACUUUGUCUACCCGGCUUCCUCAAAAGAGGCCAUCUUCGACCUGGUCAAUUCCUUGGCGCAAGACCAGCCCGAUGAGCUCUCUGUAUUCGGCACCAUCAUGUUUGACAGGCAGACGCAGCAAACCGUGCCAAUGAUGUCGGCCAUCUACGUGGGGCCCGAGGAGAAAGGCAUGGAAUGUGUUCGACGCUUUACUGCCCUUAACCCGCUGCGUCAGAGCGUGGGAAUGUUACCGUGGAACAGACUGGUCAAGGACAACCGCUUCGGAGUCGGCGCGAUGGCUUGCGUGAAAGGCGGCAACCACUCGAUCCUCGGGUUGAACCUGUACAAAUUCGACGCCGCCACUUUUAUAGGCCUCGUGGAUAAGUUUGACAGCUUUUACGCCAAGAACCCGACUCUCGCUGCCUCGAUCCUCGUCCUCGAGCUAUUCCCCAACACCAUCACCAUGAGGGUACCGGAUGAGGCUACAGCCUAUCCGUACCGCGACGCGCUGGGAUACGUUUUCAUAUCCUUUGUUCUCCCUGACGCAAGUUCUGCGGCCGUAGCAGAGCAGUUUGAGCAGGCGACUCGCAAGGAGCUGGUGGCCACGGGCGGCAACAACGGUUCACUGGAGGUGUACGUCAACUAUGCCCAUGGUGAUGAGGGCCAGGUGGCCUGGUAUUCAGAGCGAAAACUUCCCAGACUGCGGGCCUUGAAGUCCAGGUGGGAUCCAAAGGAACUCUUCAACUGGACAAAUGGAAUUACCCAGAAGGGAUCCUAG